AUGGGACAGAGUGAGGUGUAUGACGUGGGCAGUGGUAGCUACGAUCAGGAGGGCCGUUGCCUCCUCGCCACUUGCAAGAACUCUGAGGGUCGGGAGUGGGACUACGCGGCCAUGACCGUCCUUGCAGAACCCAAGGCGGCCAAGGUCCUCCACAGGCUUCUGGAUGCCGGCAUCCGUCCGAGGGUCGACAAUGAGGGCCUCACGGCACUCCACUAUGCGGCCUUUGCCGGGUCAGGCGAUGCAGUCACCGCGCUUUUACGAGCAAAGGCAUGUUGCGAUGCCAAAGCCCAUGGAGGAAUCACUCCGCUGAUGCUCGCAGCGCUUGCUGGCAGUCUGUCUUGCGCACGGCUGCUCUGGGAGAGCGGCGCAGACGUGGCGAGCGUCGACGAGCAAGGUCAGACAGCGGCAACCUGGGUGUGCCUGGGUUGUGGCGAGCCUCCUUCGCGAAGUGGUCGCCACCGGCUCCUGAACAAUGGGCCCGAAGAGAUCAAGUCCAUGGGCGGCAUCAGCAGCGGGCUCCACGAGGCGCUUGACAGGCGCCGGCCGCCCGGCAUGGCUGAGCCUUGGGGGGGCCCAGAUCGUCGUGAGCUGCUGGGAGACUUGGUGGAUCGCCUCUGUGCAGCGCCCUCCUUCGAUGGCCCAGCGUCCCCUAGUGGGGCCCAGGCCGCCCAGCAGUGGAUGCCCAUUCUGCGCGAGGCAUCCAAACCUGGCCCGGUUCGCUGCGGCUGUUUUGCGGAGCUGUACGUACGAUUACGCCGAAGUCAAGGUCUCGCAAUCCCGUUGUUGGGAGCAGUUCUCUGCAGCGCCAUUCACCAGGGCCGAUAUUGGGGAGAGCAGCUCUGCCGGAUGCUUCUGCGAGAAGCUGUUGACCUACCGGUCACCGGCAGGCUACCUGAUGGGCGAUCCAUCGUGGAGAAGGCCCUCGAUCUUGGCUGGGACGAUGUUGCGCUGCUGCUCUUUGACCGUGGUGCCUCACUGGAUAGCGAUCUGGCCGCGCAGGCACGGGCGCUGCGUGCAGCGGUCGAAGGUGGGCAUCGCGAAUUGGCCAAGCGCCUGAUAGGGCAGUGGGCCGAGGAGCGUGACGCUUGGGCACGGCCAGCCGCACCGGAGGCGGAGGGAUUGGCAGAAUGUCCAGUGUGCUUCAGAGCACUCUGUGAAGGAGGGCCUGCAGCACUCGUGGAUGCUAGUGGCCGCCGCACGUGCGGACACUUUCUGUGUACAGCCUGCGCAACAGAGCUCUCUCUGCAAUCGACCAGUCCCCGGUGUCCAGUUUGCCGCCAGACCUUCCAGCCGCCACCUCACCGCCCCCCGGACCCACGUGAGGAUCCGGCAGCUUGGUUCGCCUUCUUCGACGAAGAGGGCUCCGGGUACCUCGAACGACAGCUCCUGGAGAAGGUGUUGCCAGCAGUGGUCCCGGUGGAUGCAGCAAAGUUAGAGGCUUCCCUGCGCGGCUCUCUGUGGCGUGAAUGGGACCCGGCCGGGGAGGGCCGGAUCUCGCGUAAGGCCUUCUGUGCGGAACGAGGGCUGCUGCGGUGGCUGGCGGAGCACCUCGUGGAACUCAACGAAGAGCGCGAAAAAGGGCCACCGCCCCCUUUGGAUCAAGAUCGCCUGCCAAGGGAGGAGUCCAAGAUUUGCUUCCUGGGAGCUUCAAGGUAUUUCGGGUGUCAAGGUUUGCUGGAGCCCGGGAUGCUAAAGCAGCUGGGUGAAGCGGAAGUGCUGCGUGCCGCCAGGCUCUUAGUUCAAAAGGUGGCGCAGUUUGCUUGCUGGCAGAGAGACGAGGAGAGACGGUUCGUUGUCGAGGUGCUCAAAUCCUGUGGGACUUCGAGGACACCGACAGUGGAAAAACCGAUGUUCCGGUUCUAUUUGGGCAUUGGUCGCGAGUGGAUUGAGCGAUGCUGGAUGCUGUGGGAUCGAGACAAAAGCGGGCGCAUCUCCUUGAAGGAGUUCUGCGCAGAGGGUGGCUUAGCUGACAUGAUGUUGCAGCAAAGCACCCUAGCGGCGGCGAAGCGCGUGGUGCGAAGGAUGGAGUUGGAGGUCCACGACCCUGCAGCUCUGGUCGCGUGUUGCCAGCAGCUGGUGGAGUGUGCUGUGGGCAUUCGCCCGGAGGAUGCUGUGGAGAGCUGGCCGGCCACGGCCUGCCGCCGCCUCCGGGAGCGCGCCUCGCACCAUGUGCGGCGCUGUGACCUUUAUCAUGCCCUGGGUGUGCGACCGACGGCGUCGCAGCACGAGCUCCGAGAGGCUUACCUGCGCCGUGCCAAGCAAUAUCAUCCGGAUGUAGCCGGGUCCUGCUCUGCCCGCUUCCAGCGAGUCCAACACGCCUGGGAGACGCUCCGAGAUCCCGCACGGCGGAGGGUCUACGACCACGGUCUGCCAGGUGCCGCGGCGCGGCAUCCCACACCCCCGCGACACCACAACGGUUUCGCUGGACACGGCCAUCCAGGAGCUAGCCAUCGCCACUGGUAUGAAGAUCUCAAGGCAUCGCACGAAGCCCGCCGCAGAGAGGAGUCCCGCCGAAGGGAGCCUGGCGCAGGCUUCCAAACUCCACAUGCUGAGAGGUUGCGCAGACAGACGCGGCAUUUCGAAGAGGUCAUGCGCGAGGUUGGUUCCAACCCGGACAUGAAGCAGUUUGUCGGCGCUGGAUUGCAGAUAAAGCUCUUGUGCCAGCUUGGUUUCAUCCUCGCUGCAAUGCUGAAUCUGCUGCUGUGGGCAUUCGCCAAGCAGCAGAAGUCGCGAGGUAGCAGCCGGCCUCCCACGGAGCUAGACCGGGUGCAAGCUCGUUUGCAUGCACUCGUUGGCCGCCGAACCACUCGAAUGCCUGCGCGGGAGGAGUUCGAGGAAGUCUUGUCUCGGGGCGUCCAGCAAGUGGUGCUUGCGAUGCAACGCAACAACGGCAGUGCCAAGCUUUUUGCGUGGGGUUGCAGGGCGCUGGCUGCUUUAGUGGUCCGUCCGCCAGCGCAGCCAGCAGACUCCCACACAUGGUCGUGGGCUGAUAAUGACUAUGGCAACAGCGUUUGCGGAGGUAGCAACAGCAACUGCAAUGCAAGCCAGCCGACUCUGGAGAAGAUGUUCAUUCUCCUUGACAAUAGCAAAGCGGCCACGGCCAACGAGUCAGGGCCGCCGAUGGCCAAUGACGUGCCUUUGUGGCUGUUCAUCAUGCGCCAGUUCCUCCUUCUCGUGCCGCGGGAAGACCCGAAGGAGCCGAAUGCCAAAUCCAUCGGUGGUCCCUUGCCUAUCGCUCCAGGAGCCCUCCGCGAAGCCGGAACUUGUGCUCUAGCGACGAUGCGACAUCUGUGCGACCACACAGGACCUGAAGCUGGCAACGCAGCUCUUGAGGAGCUCUUGGCAGUGCUGAAAAAGGACGAGCGAGGCAGCGCAGCUUUGCUGGCCUGGGUUUCCGCCGCUGUUGCAGCGCUGGCCGCAGAUGGCAGGGCACUGGCCGAGGUCGCAGUGCAGGCCACCGCCACGGGGACGUCGGCCCCGAACCCCCGUGUCACAGGCAGCACGAGCUUGCUGCCCAGUCUCAGUAGCCUUCUCACAGCCUCCGCACGUGGGCUGAAGGCUGCAGGCCCGGUGCGGCCUCCGAGCAGCCCAGCCUUAGCUGCCGGCGUAGCCACCGGCCUCCUUUCCGGUUUGCGUCGGAUACCGGCGACAGCUCGAAACGGGGCGGGCGGUGGUACCACGACGCCAGCCGGGGAUGGCAGCACUCGUGGGAGGGUCACCCUCCGGGACGGCCACAUCGCCGUCGGUGACGUUGUCAGGCUUCACAAUGACCUGGAACGUGCCAAGAGGGAGCAGGAGCCUCCUGAGCAUUUUGGCGGCUGGUGCGACAGGAUGGCAUUCUGCUUGGACUUCCCGGGCCGCGUCGUCGAGAUUCCACGGCGCUCGCCUAGAAUGCCAGAGGUCCUGCGCAUCUCCCAUGGGGCCCUUGGAUGUUGGUGCUGGAAUGCCAAAGCAGUCGCAGAGGUGAUCUCAGAUGCAGGCCUGCUUCCCUUUGAAGAAGAUGAGUGCGGCCCUGGUGCAGCCCUGACGAUCGGCGACGAGGUGCGCAUCGAUGUCACCGUGGAGGAAGCCAAGCAGCUCCAGGUCAACCACGGUGGCUGGAACGAUCGCAUGACUCAGUGCUGUGGGCGCGUCGGGCGUCUCGAGGCCAUUGACAAAGCUGGGGACAUGAAGGUGCUGGUCCCAGGUGCCGGUGCCUUUGUGUGGAACCCUCGGGCACUCCGGUCCCUCCAUGCACAGAGGUGGGAGUCGGCUCUUUGCGAAAGGCUUUGCGGGCCAUGCCCUUGGAAUCGCAGCUGCUCGGGCUCGGGUUCAGGGUGUAGAGGUUGGCUAGUGCCAAGCAUUUCCCAAUCUUGUGCCCAAUCGAUAUUGUCUGUGGCCCUGCAGUAA